UCUUGCAAUAUUUCGAAAACUCUCUCUCUCUCUCUUGCGCGAUUUCUGUUUCGAAAUUUUCAGAAAAUUGAACCCAUUUUCCUUGCAAUUUUGGUAUCUCUCCAUGGAUCCAAGAACACAUAUGCCUUCUGCUUCGUCUUCAUCUGCGUCUCAGGCCGAUUCAUCGCCUUCAUCGUCGGAGAAAGAUCUCCCAUUAGAAACGCUUCCAUUUGUUUACAAAUUCGAAGACAUUCAGUUUUCUUCGAAGAUCAAUACGAAGUGUUAUCCGUAUGAGACAUUGAAGACGCUUAAAGAAAUACUGACACAGGAUGAAUGGACAUACUUCGAGAAAGAAUCACAGUUCCAACAUCUAUUUCAUGCGCAAUGGGAUCCCCAGCUAAAGAUGGCACCUGCGGGAGUUCUCAUUAACCGCUCUGUUAAAGCGGAAGACGAGAAGGAAUUGUGGUUCGUGCUCAAUGGUGUGUCCGUGAGGUACUCAAUCAUUGAGCAUGCACUUAUAUGUGGUUUGAAGUGUGGGAAAUAUCCAGAAGGAUGGGAGAGCUUGAAAAAGAGUGAGUUCAGGAAAAAGACUUCCGGACGUAAGAAGGUUUGUUUGAAUGAUGUGGUGGAGAAAUUGAGAUAUAUGUCACCCCAGAGGGCAGCAGAUCGUAAGAGAUUGGCUAUUGUAUGCUUGAUGGUCGGAAUCUUGGAUCAUGCCCUGUCAUCCGAACAAAUCAGCCAUGAUUUGUUCGACAUGGUUGAUGAUUUACGUUGCUGUGAACGAUUUUCGUGGGGUCGAUACAUUUUUGAUCGAAUAGUUGAUCAAGUGCGAAAAAGUCUCGGUGCGAAACCAAAGACAAAAUGGCAUUGCCCGGGGUUUAUAAUCCCUCUGAUGUUGUUGCCUUUUGAGUGCAUUGAAAGCUUGGGUGCCAACGGGUGGUAUACAGAUGUUUCAGGUGCAGACCCAAGCUGUCCUAGAAUGUGCAAGAGGGUAAUCAAACCCGGGCUUAGAUGGACCUUCCCUGCUGUAAUGGAAAAGAUUGGAAUUGAAUCACAGGGUAUUAAAAGUAUUCUACAAGUGGGAAAGGAUGAAGAAGCACUUCUGUAUGAUCUGGAGGAUUACAAGGGAAGUAGUGAUCCAAAGAUCAGUGUAUGGAUGCAACAUUUGCAGUUGAAUCCGCAAAGUAUCUGUUGGGAUAGCAUCCGUGAGCUUGAUGCCAGAUGCAGAGGUUCUUUGAAAAAGGGAAAAGCUAAGAUAGUUGAAGAAGAUGAUGAUGAAGUAGAAGAAGAACAAGAAGAACAAGAAGAGAAUCAAGAAGAAGAGACUCGGGUUGAGGGUGAACCUCCAAGAAUGCGAGGAUCCACAGUUUCAAAAGUGGAUGCAUUAGAGAAGUUCAUUAAACAGGAGAUCAGUGCAUCCGAGGCCAGGAUCAUUGAUCACAUGGGUCAAGCGAUCCAAGCAUCUGAGACGAGGUUAAUUACUUGUCUAAAAGAUAUUCUGAAACAGUCUGGUCAUUUCUCUGCGAACUAUUCGUAUAGAGUGCAACAUAGGAAUGAUGAAGUGUGGGGGGACACUGCAACUUCUAAAGACCAUGCUGGAGAAACGGAUGUUUUUAUGGAUGUCCCUCAAACUGGGAAUGUUGAUGUGGAUCUCCGUGAAACUGUUGAGAAAGGUGACAAGGUUGCCGAUGAUGAUGUGGAUCUCCCUCAAGCUUUUGAGCAGGGUUCUAAGGCUGACAAUGCUGAUGUGGAUAUCCCUCAAGCUUGUGACGAGGGUUCUAAGGGUGGGAAUGAUGAUGUGGAUAUGCCUCAAGCUUGUGACGAGGGUUCUAAAAGUGGGAAUGAUGAUGUGGAUAUCCCUCAAGCUUGUGAGGAGGGUUCUAAGGGUGGGAAUGAUGAUGUGGAUCUCCCUCAAGCUUGUGAGGAGGGUUUAGUGGUUGGGAUUGUUGAUUUGAAUCUGCCUCAACCUGAAACCCCAAAGGAAGUCCUUCAGGCAGUCCCAUCUGAAACCCCAAAGGAAGUCCCUCAAGCAGAAGGUAACUCUAGCUCUGAAACUUCACCACUCAGAUUUCGUUUGAAAAGAAAACAAAGACAAGGGCCGGCAAAAAGAAGUCGAUACGUUGAACCAGAAUCGAGUGAACCCCCUGCAAAGAAUAAACGUUACAAGACACUUGUCAGAGGUAGAGGAAGAACGGGAAGGGGGAGAGGAAGUAGUAGGCGUACACAACAGCAGGAAGAACCAAAGAAACCGGAAUCAGAAGGCGAAGAAGCUGAGGUUGCAUACUUUGUCUGGCAACCUGAAGGAGUUAAUGGUGACAACCUCGAAAGGACGGCAUCCUUUCUUUCAUCGUCCACUCUAAAAGCGAGUAUUCUUUGGAAAUUUAUGAAUAUGCCCCGAGAGAAAAGGAUAUGGAAGUCUAAGUUGAAUGCAACUAGAGAUUCAAAGUUUUUUGAAACUAUUUUGGAGAGCGAGAAAUGGCUCACAGAUGAGCAUAUAGAAGAGGCAUUGUGUGCGUUUCGGUGCAACUAUUUGAAGUACUCCAGUAGAACCGUGCUCUCUAACUGUUGCAUAUGUGAUCUAUACUUCUCGGAGACCAUCAUGCGGUGGGAAGAGAGUGGGAACUUGUCCAAGCUGAGUUGUCUUGAGAAAUACUUCUCCGGUAAACGCCCAAUUGGAGGAGGUGUACGUAAGCCGUUGCAGAAGUAUGAUGUUCUUCUAACUGUUGUGAACAUCCCUUCACCCGCAGACCCCAAGAUUCCCUAUCAUAGGGUUGCCAUUAAAGUGGAUUUCAGGGACAAAGUACUUAAGGUAUACAACUGUCAACCGAGACUACUGGAGAACAUGGAUAAGGUUGCUAAUAAGUUAGCUAUUCUCAUACCGCAUGCAUACGUCCUUGCUAAGACGAAAUUGUUUCGUAAAGGGGAUUUGCUUGAGGUUCAGUACAAGAUUGGACUUCAUGAAAAUGCAACAGGUUCUGAUUCUGGUGUCUAUGCUGCAAAAUACGUGGAGGGAAUAAUGUUGAACAAGGCAGCAGAAUUCAUGUCGAUAUGCGAUGGGACCAUACCAAUGAUCCGUGAAAAAUUGGCUAUCGAUAUAUUUUGUAAUGGUAAAUUUGUAUGAACUGACCCGUUAUUUAUUGUGAACCCUUUCGUAGUUUGUAAACUUAGUGAUUGUAAACUCUUUCGUAUUUUGGAUUAUACUUUGACUUGGAAAUA